AUGGCCUCGAUCGCUCGCGCGAUUCCGCGUCGAAGCUCGACCGCCGGCCCCGUGACCGAGGACGCCGUCCUCGACCCGCCCGCGCCGAUGGAAGCGCCGGGCGCGGCGGAAUUCGGCGACACGGUGAAAUCGACGCGCCAAGACGGCGAGGAUCCGUCCGAUUCGCAAUGGAACGAGGUCAAGGAGGUCGAGCUCGCGGCGCGCGCGGAGGCGCAGCUCACGCAGCUCACGCAGGACCGCGCGCAGAACAGCCAGAUGGAGGAGAUGCUCCUGAAGAUCGAGCAGGAGUUUAAGGCGGAGCAGAUCGCGAGGAAAGUGGCGGAGGAGCGGCUCGCGGAGAUCGAUUUCGAGCUGCGUCAGACGGAGGAGGAGAUGCGCGCGAUCCGUCACGAAUUCUCGGGGUGGGCGCCGCAGGUGGAGAAGAACAAGGCGCUGCACAACGUCUUAGAGCGCGAGCAAGACGCGCUCGAGCUCGUGAAGGCGCAGGUCUUGAAAGAUCUCGAGCGCGCGAAGGGCGACGCGACCGCGAAGACGAUGGCGCUGCAGAAGGCGGAGGAGGCGAUUCGCAGGGAAGAGGCGACGAAGCGCAUGAAGAUCGAAUCCGAGCACGUGGCCAAAGUCUCGCGAAUGGGCGCGGAGAUCGAGCGCCUGCGCGACAUGCUACACGCGCACACGCAGGAACUCGCCGUGGAGAUUGUGCGAUGGAAAUCUCAGGCUGAAGCCGCGGCGCAGGCUGUGGAAGCGGCGAAGCGCGAGGUGAUGGCGCGGAAACGCGAGCUCGACAACACGAACGAGGAGCUCAAUAAUCUGGUCGAGGAGCUGUACGGCUGCCGCGAGAAGAACCAGGAGAUCCGCGGCUCCAUCCAGGCGCACCAGGAGCGGUACCGAGCGAACAUGCGGCACCACAGCCGGAACGCGAUUAAGAUCGACAUCUCGGACUUGAAGCUCGGUCUGAGCUCCGCCGAGCUCACCGAGGCGAGGCUCAAGUACGACUACUCGAAGAAAAAUCUCGGGACCUCCAAGGGCGCCACCUCGGCGGCUUCCGCGUUGAACAGAGCGCGCGGGAGCAUGAAUCGCGUCCCGACGGAGCAGGAGAUGUACCUCGCGAAGUUUGACAUCGACGGCGACGGGUUUCUGAGCAAAGAGGAGAAGAUGAUUGGUUUCGCGCAGAACAAGAAGGAUCGCGCGUGGAACCCGAAGCUGGGGAGGCACGAGCGAGAGAUGGCGAUGGAGGCGAGCGCGGUCCGCGCGCGGCACGAGGCUGCGACGCGGAUCCAGGCUGUGCAGAGAGGGAGGAUGGCGCGGAAGAAAGUCGGGCAGAUGCGGCGGUACGAUAAAAACGUCGUCGGUGGCUCGAUGCCGAAGGCAGGGAAGUACCAGUACCAACCGUACCGACGAUGAAGACACGGAUGGAGGGUGGCGAGAGCGAGAGCCGAGUGUGAUUUCCAACCGAUUGAGCCGCGCGCGGCGCGCGU